AUGAGUGGCGUAGGGUGCUUCUGCGACUACAGAUGCCACGACUUAAACGACUGUUGUGCCGCUGUAAACAGCACCCUGUCGCCACUUUCAUCCGAAGGGGAUGCUGUGCCAUCAGUCUGUCUGAGUAUAGAAAACGUAUUUCUAGAGGAUAUGAUAUUGCCAAGCGGCGAUUAUGUCAGUGCAAUCACCCACUGUCCAUCCGAAAAGCCAAUUAGUGAAGAAGUGAAAUUAGGGUGCGAAGAGGCUGAUCUGAUGCUGGUUGCCAGCCGGGAGGAGAACCUUUUUCAAUGGCUACGAACACACGCGCGUUCAGUAGUUCCUGUAGUAAGUUUCCGCAACAGGCGACUUUAUGGCAACGUGUUUUGUGCCAUUUGCAAUGGACAAUCUCAAGAUCAAGUUCACUUCUCACCAAUUCACUUGGGUUGCAGAAAAGAAGGCAAUACAACGGAAUGCCUUGUUAGCGUAAAACUUCCAGCGAGUUUGAGUCGGCCUUGCAUUCCUCAGCGGUCUAGACUCCUUAGCCCAAAAGUCAGUUUCCUCAGUAUGGACGAUCUCUUCAUCAUACCCGAUGAAUAUCUCAACAGCCAAUACAUCACUCUUCCUCUCAAUUUUGGCAAAGAUGACAAAAACAGCAACAGUACCAACAGGAACAAAACACAGAUUUCCAGUGCGUCAUCAAAUCCAGUGUACGAUACAGACAAUAGAAAUGCAGUUUACACUUGGGUUCAACUAGCACUACUCAUCUUCUCCAUCGUUGGGCUAACUCUUAUGCUAGUGGUCUACGGUCUGACUGCCAAAUUGCGGCGAUCGUUAGCCGGCAUCUUGACCAUGGGACUGGGAAUAGCACUGCUGGUGAUGGAGGCGACCUUUUUGAUGGUCGCAUUUGCCGUCUCUCAUGUGGAAAAUCGCGGAUUUUGUGUCUUCAUGGUGGCGUUGCUCCUUUACUCGCUCCUCUUCGCAACCAUCCUCCCCCUCUGCCUUGUCCUACCGGCCACUACUAUUAACGAACAUGCCUUCAAUCUGCUCUCAUCGGCAUAUUUCAACCUCUCAUCAGUCUCUCAGCCUUCGACCUUUGACGAAGCCAAAACCGAAGACGAAUUCGCCAGUUUCAACAUCACCACUGCGGAAGUCCUCGGAGAGUCAUUGGCCGCCGUCUACCCAGGUUUCUGUCCGGAUGGUGCGCGUUCCUGGUUCACCAACCUCGGAGGGCUGAUCGUUUGGUUCCUUGUGCCCGCGGGCACCAUGAUCACCUUUAACUCUCUCGCUCUCCUUGUGGUCUGUGUCCAAAUCUGUCACCUUUCUAAGGAAGCACAGUUGCACUCCUCCCCUCAGAAUGAACAGGAGCGGAAACGGCGCAAAAAGUCAAAAAACCUUGCCGGAAUCUGCGCUAAACUGGCUAUUAUCCUCGGCGCCAGUUGGUUUGUGCAACUUUUUGCUGGAUGGUGGUCCCAACUCUUCGUAAUGCGAAGAAUACUGGGCCUGGUAAACAGCGCUCAGGGAGGUGUGAUAGCAGUAUCUAUGCUUGCCAGUGUCAAGGCCAGACGAGCUCUGGCCAAUGUCCUGCCUGAAUGCUGCCGAGUCUUAGUUGGUCAUAAUUCCAGCACACAACAGUCCACGUCGAGAGAAAAAGAGAAAUCUACCUCGACCACUUCCAAGACAUCGACGUCGGUGCUGCUACCGAGACGAAAUCGACAGCAAAUCCAAAGUAUCGGAGAUUCAGGCGGUUAG